UCGACUUUCCGGUAGAUUUAGGUACCUAUCGGGGGAAGACUCAAAUCUCACCCUAUUAAAAUUGAAAACGCACAACUUGUGCUACUCCUAGGCGUCCACCCCGAAGCGGCCACACGAGCACUGGAGGCGUCGGAUCACUGUAAGAUCAAAACACUGGGAGCAAUUUAACCUUCACCUGCACAGCAACGGAAGAGCAGAAUGUGGUGGGUUCAUAAAGUGGAAUGCCAUCUGCUGCAGUUCCAAGGAGUGAAUUGGACAUCAAAAUACAGAGAUUGAUAAAAGCAGUAGAAUAAGUUGAUUGGCCUUGGUCCUCAUAGCUCCAAAAAGAAACAAGAUCUCGAUAAGCUCUAUGAGCUGAAGUCCAAAGCAAGACAGAUUAUGAACCAGUUUGGUCCCUCAGCCCUAAUCAACCUGUCCAAUUUCUCAUCAAUAAAACCGGAACCAGCUAGCACCCCUCCACAAGGCUCCAUGGCCAAUAGCACUGCAGUGGUAAAGAUCCCAGGCACUCCUGGGACAGGAGGGCGUCUCAGCCCUGAAAACAAUCAGGUAUUGACCAAGAAGAAAUUACAGGACUUAGUAAGAGAAGUGGAUCCUAAUGAGCAAUUGGAUGAAGAUGUGGAGGAGAUGCUGCUGCAGAUUGCUGAUGAUUUUAUUGAGAGUGUGGUGACGGCUGCCUGCCAGCUUGCUCGGCAUCGCAAGUCCAGCACCCUGGAGGUGAAAGAUGUCCAGCUACAUCUAGAACGCCAGUGGAACAUGUGGAUCCCAGGGUUUGGCUCUGAAGAAAUCCGACCCUACAAAAAAGCUUGCACCACAGAAGCUCACAAACAGAGAAUGGCGUUGAUCCGGAAAACAACCAAGAAAUAACGCAGGGAAAGGUCAGGGGAUGGACAGCAAUGUAUUCGGAGAUACUUGAGCUGAGACCUCAGCCAUCUCAUCCUUGGAUUUUUUUUUUUUUUUUAAUGCUUUACAGAGAAGCAUAUAUUUUUUAUUAACAGUGCAGCAAUAUCUAUAAUGACUGAGAGGAUCUGCCAAAAGAAUAAAGCCUCCUACCCCAACUUCCAGUCCCUGUUCCCUGCCAUCUCAAAGAAGAGCAGUGUAUCUUCCAGAGAAGAUUUUAUUUGUGGUUUAUUAUAUAAGUGAUUGAACAGGGGACAAAGCAUUAUGGUCUUGUUUGGUGAGAGAGUAUUAAUAUUAGCAGGAUUUGUAGAGGUUUCUGUUCCCUUCUCCCUGCCCCUUCUCCCUGUACUUUGUAAUGUCAGUGUUUAUAUGAAUAUGACUUUCAUUUGCUUUUCCAGAAUAAAGAAGUUAUUAAUCGAAAGAAACAGG